CACCAUGACGUCCAUCCAUUUCGUGGUUCACCCGCUGCCUGGCACCGAGGACCAGCUCAAUGACAGGUUACGGGAAGUUUCAGAGAAGCUGAACAAAUAUAAUUUAAACAGCCACCCCCCUUUGAAUGUAUUGGAACAGGCUGCUAUUAAACAAUGUGUGGUGGGACCAAAUCAUGCUGCUUUUCUUCUUGAGGAUGGUAGAGUUUGCAGGAUUGGUUUUUCAGUACAGCCAGACAGGUUGGAAUUGGGUAAACCUGAUAAUAAUGAUGGGUCAAAGUUGAACAGCAACUCGGGGGCGGGGAGGACAUCCAGGCCUGGUAGGACAAGUGACUCCCCGUGGUUUCUCUCAGGUUCUGAGACGCUGGGCAGGCUGGCAGGCAAUACCCUGGGAAGCCGCUGGAGUUCUGGAGUGGGUGGAAGUGGAGGAGGAUCUUCUGGUAGGUCAUCAGCUGGAGCUCGUGAUUCCCGCCGACAGACUCGAGUUAUUCGUACAGGACGGGAUCGAGGGUCCGGGCUUUUGGGCAGUCAGCCCCAGCCAGUUAUUCCAGCAUCUGUCAUUCCAGAGGAGCUGAUUUCACAGGCCCAAGUUGUUUUACAAGGCAAAUCCAGAAGUGUCAUUAUUCGAGAACUUCAGCGAACAAACCUUGAUGUAAACCUUGCCGUAAAUAAUUUACUUAGCCGGGAUGAUGAAGAUGGAGAUGAUGGGGAUGAUACAGCCAGUGAAUCUUAUUUGCCUGGAGAGGAUCUUAUGUCUCUUCUUGAUGCUGACAUUCAUUCGGCCCACCCAAGUGUCAUUAUUGAUGCAGAUGCCAUGUUUUCUGAAGAUAUUAGCUAUUUUGGUUACCCUUCUUUUCGUCGUUCAUCACUUUCCAGGCUAGGCUCAUCUCGAGUUCUCCUUCUUCCCUUAGAGAGAGACUCUGAGCUGUUGCGUGAACGUGAAUCCGUUUUACGUUUACGUGAACGAAGGUGGCUUGAUGGAGCCUCAUUUGAUAAUGAAAGGGGUUCUACCAGCAAGGAAGGAGAGCCAAACUUGGAUAAGAAGAACACACCUGUUCAAAGUCCAGUAUCUCUAGGAGAAGAUUUGCAGUGGUGGCCUGAUAAGGAUGGAACAAAAUUUAUUUGUAUCGGGGCCCUAUAUUCUGAGCUUUUGGCUGUUAGCAGUAAAGGAGAACUUUAUCAGUGGAAAUGGAGUGAAUCUGAACCUUACAGAAAUGCCCAGAAUCCUUCAUUACAUCAUCCACGAGCAACAUUUUUGGGGUUAACCAGUGAAAAAAUAGUUCUUCUGUCUGCCAAUAGCAUAAGAGCAACUGUAGCUACAGAAAAUAACAAGGUUGCUACAUGGGUGGAUGAGACUUUAAGUUCUGUGGCUUCUAAAUUAGAACAUACCGCACAAACUUAUUCUGAACUUCAAGGAGAGCGGAUAGUUUCUUUACAUUGCUGUGCCCUUUACACCUGUGCCCAGCUGGAGAACAACUUAUAUUGGUGGGGUGUAGUCCCUUUUAGUCAAAGAAAGAAAAUGUUAGAGAAAGCUAGAGCAAAAAAUAAAAAGCCUAAAUCCAGUGCUGGUAUUUCCUCAAUGCCAAACAUCACUGUUGGUACCCAGGUAUGCUUAAGAAAUAAUCCUCUGUAUCAUGCUGGAGCAGUUGCAUUUUCAAUUAGUGCUGGAAUUCCUAAAGUUGGUGUCUUAAUGGAGUCAGUUUGGAAUAUGAACGAUAGCUGUAGAUUUCAACUUAGAUCUCCUGAGAGCUUGAAAAGCAUGGAAAAAGCUAGCAAAACUACUGAAGCUAAGCCUGAAAGUAAGCAGGAACCAGUAAAAACAGAAAUGGGUCCUCCACCCUCUCCAGCGUCCACGUGCAGUGAUGCCUCCUCAAUUGCCAGCAGUGCAUCGAUGCCAUAUAAACGACGACGGUCAACCCCUGCCCCAAAAGAAGAGGAAAAGGUGAACGAAGAGCAGUGGUCUCUUCGGGAAGUUGUUUUUGUGGAAGAUGUUAAGAAUGUUCCUGUUGGCAAGGUGCUUAAAGUGGAUGGUGCCUACGUUGCUGUAAAAUUUCCGGGAACAUCUACUAAUACAAGCUGUCAGAGUAGCUCUGGUCCAGAUGCUGACCCCUCUUCUCUCCUGCAGGAUUGUAGGUUACUUAGAAUUGAUGAACUGCAGGUUGUCAAAACUGGUGGAACACCAAAAGUUCCUGACUGUUUCCAAAGGACUCCUAAAAAGCUUUGUAUACCUGAAAAAACAGAAAUAUUAGCAGUGAAUGUAGAUUCCAAAGGUGUACAUGCUGUUUUGAAGACUGGAAAUUGGGUACGGUACUGUAUCUUUGAUCUUGCUACAGGAAAAGCAGAACAGGAAAAUAAUUUUCCUACAAGCAGCAUUGCUUUCCUUGGUCAGAAUGAGAGGAAUGUAGCCAUUUUCACUGCUGGACAGGAGUCUCCUAUUAUUCUUCGGGAUGGAAAUGGUACUAUCUACCCAAUGGCCAAAGACUGCAUGGGAGGAAUAAGGGAUCCUGAUUGGCUUGAUCUUCCACCUAUUAGUAGUCUUGGAAUGGGUGUGCAUUCUUUAAUAAAUCUUCCUGCCAAUUCAACAAUCAAAAAGAAAGCUGCUAUUAUCAUCAUGGCUGUAGAGAAACAAACCUUAAUGCAACACAUUCUACGCUGUGACUAUGAGGCCUGUCGACAAUAUCUUAUGAAUCUUGAGCAAGCGGUUGUUUUAGAGCAGAAUCUACAGAUGCUUCAGACGUUCAUCAGUCACAGAUGUGAUGGAAAUCGAAAUAUUUUGCAUGCUUGUGUAUCAGUUUGCUUCCCAACCAGCAAUAAAGAAACUAAAGAAGAAGAGGAAGCAGAACGCUCUGAAAGAAAUACAUUUGCAGAAAGGCUUUCUGCUGUGGAGGCCAUUGCAAAUGCAAUAUCAGUUGUGUCAAGUAAUGGCCCAGGUAAUCGGGCUGGAUCAUCAAGUAGCCGAAGUUUGAGAUUACGGGAAAUGAUGAGACGUUCGUUGAGAGCAGCUGGUUUGGGUAGACAUGAAGCUGGAGCUUCAUCCAGUGACCACCAGGAUCCAGUUUCACCCCCCAUAGCUCCUCCUAGUUGGGUUCCUGAUCCUCCUGCGAUGGAUCCUGAUGGUGACAUUGAUUUUAUCCUGGCCCCCGCUGUGGGAUCUCUUACCACAGCAGCGACUGGCACUGGUCAAGGACCAAGUACUUCCACCAUUCCAGGUCCUUCCACAGAGCCAUCUGUAGUAGAAUCCAAGGAUCGAAAGGCGAAUGCUCAUUUUAUAUUAAAAUUGUUAUGUGACAGUGUGGUUCUGCAGCCCUAUCUACGAGAACUCCUCUCUGCCAAGGAUGCAAGAGGGAUGACCCCAUUUAUGUCAGCUGUAAGUGGCCGAGCUUAUCCUGCUGCAAUUACCAUCUUAGAGACAGCCCAGAAAAUUGCAAAAGCUGAAGUAUCCUCAAGUGAAAAAGAGGAAGAUGUAUUUAUGGGAAUGGUUUGCCCAUCUGGUACCAACCCUGAUGACUCUCCUUUAUAUGUCUUAUGUUGUAAUGACACCUGCAGUUUUACAUGGACUGGAGCAGAGCACAUUAACCAGGAUAUUUUUGAGUGUCGAACUUGUGGCUUGCUGGAGUCACUCUGUUGUUGUACAGAAUGUGCAAGGGUUUGUCAUAAAGGUCAUGACUGCAAACUCAAACGGACAUCACCGACAGCCUAUUGUGAUUGUUGGGAGAAAUGUAAAUGUAAAACUUUAAUUGCUGGACAGAAGUCUGCUCGUCUUGAUCUACUUUAUCGUCUGCUCACUGCUACUAAUCUGGUCACUUUGCCAAACAGCAGGGGAGAGCAUCUUCUACUGUUUCUAGUGCAGACAGUUGCAAGGCAGACAGUGGAGCAUUGCCAGUACAGGCCACCUCGAAUCAGGGAGGAUCGUAACCGCAAAACAGCCAGUCCUGAAGAUUCAGAUAUGCCUGAUCAUGAUUUAGAGCCUCCAAGGUUUGCUCAGCUUGCAUUGGAGCGUGUUCUACAGGACUGGAAUGCCUUGAAAUCCAUGAUUAUGUUUGGGUCACAGGAAAAUAAAGACCCUCUCAGUGCCAGCAGUAGGAUAGGCCAUCUUUUGCCAGAGGAGCAAGUAUACCUCAAUCAGCAAAGUGGCACAAUUCGGCUGGACUGUUUUACUCAUUGCCUUAUAGUCAAGUGUACAGCAGAUAUUUUGCUUUUAGAUACUCUACUAGGUACUCUAGUGAAAGAACUCCAAAACAAAUACACACCUGGACGUAGAGAAGAAGCUAUUGCUGUGACGAUGAGGUUUCUGCGUUCAGUAGCAAGAGUUUUUGUCAUUCUUAGUGUGGAAAUGGCUUCAUCCAAAAAGAAAAACAACUUUAUUCCACAACCAAUUGGAAAAUGCAAGCGUGUAUUCCAAGCACUGCUACCUUAUGCUGUAGAAGAAUUGUGCAAUGUAGCAGAGUCACUGAUUGUUCCUGUCAGAAUGGGGAUUGCCCGCCCAACUGCACCAUUUACUUUGGCUAGUACUAGCAUAGAUGCCAUGCAAGGCAGUGAAGAAUUAUUUUCAGUGGAACCACUGCCACCACGACCAUCAUCUGAUCAGUCUAGCAGCUCCAGUCAGUCUCAGUCAUCCUACAUCAUCCGGAAUCCUCAGCAGAGGCGCAUCAGCCAGUCACAACCAGUUCGGGGCAGAGAUGAGGAACAGGAUGAUAUUGUUUCAGCAGAUGUGGAAGAGGUUGAGGUGGUGGAGGGUGUGGCUGGAGAAGAGGAUCAUCAUGAUGAACAGGAAGAACAUGGGGAAGAAAAUGCUGAGGCAGAGGGACAACAUGAUGAACAUGAUGAAGACGGAAGUGACAUGGAACUGGACUUGUUAGCAGCAGCUGAAACAGAAAGUGACAGUGAAAGUAACCAUAGCAACCAAGAUAAUGCUAGUGGGCGCAGAAGCGUUGUCACUGCAGCAACUGCUGGCUCAGAAGCAGGAGCAAGCAGUGUUCCUGCCUUCUUUUCUGAAGAUGAUUCUCAAUCAAAUGACUCAAGUGAUUCUGAUAGCAGCAGUAGUCAGAGUGACGACAUAGAACAGGAGACCUUUAUGCUUGAUGAACCAUUAGAAAGAACCACAAAUAGCUCCCAUGCCAAUGGUGCUGCCCAAGCUCCCCGUUCCAUGCAGUGGGCUGUCCGUAACACCCAGCACCAACGAGCAACUAGCACAGCCCCUUCCAGUACAUCCACACCGGCAGCAAGUUCAGCGGGUUUGAUUUACAUUGAUCCUUCAAACUUACGCCGGAGUGGUACCAUCAGUACAAGUGCUGCAGCUGCAGCAGCUGCUUUGGAAGCUAGCAAUGCCAGCAGCUACUUAACAUCAGCAAGCAGUUUAGCCAGAGCUUAUAGCAUUGUCAUCAGACAAAUCUCGGACUUGAUGGGCCUUAUUCCUAAGUAUAAUCACCUAGUAUACUCUCAGAUUCCAGCAGCUGUGAAGUUGACUUACCAAGAUGCAGUCAACUUACAGAACUAUGUAGAAGAAAAGCUUAUUCCCACUUGGAACUGGAUGGUCAGUAUUAUGGAUUCUACUGAAGCUCAAUUACGUUAUGGUUCUGCAUUAGCAUCUGCUGGUGAUCCAGGACAUCCAAAUCAUCCUCUUCACGCUUCUCAGAAUUCAGCACGUAGAGAGAGGAUGACCGCACGAGAAGAGGCUAGUUUACGAACCCUUGAAGGCAGACGACGUGCUACAUUGCUUAGUGCCCGUCAAGGAAUGAUGUCUGCUCGAGGAGACUUCCUAAAUUAUGCUCUCUCUUUAAUGCGGUCUCAUAAUGAUGAGCAUUCUGAUGUUCUUCCAGUUUUGGAUGUUUGUUCAUUGAAGCAUGUGGCAUAUGUUUUUCAAGCCCUUAUAUACUGGAUUAAAGCUAUGAAUCAGCAGACAACAUUAGAUACACCCCAGCUAGAACGCAAAAGGACGCGAGAACUCUUGGAACUGGGUAUUGAUAAUGAAGAUUCAGAACAUGAAAAUGAUGAUGACACCAAUCAAAGUGCUGCUUUGAAUGAUAAGGAUGAUGACUCUCUUCCUGCAGAAACUGGCCAAAACCAUCCAUUUUUCCGACGUUCAGACUCCAUGACAUUCCUUGGAUGUAUACCACCAAAUCCAUUUGAAGUGCCUCUGGCUGAAGCUAUCCCCUUGGCUGAUCAGCCACAUCUGUUGCAGCCAAAUGCCAGAAAGGAGGAUCUUUUUGGCCGUCCAAGUCAGGGUCUUUAUUCUUCAUCUACCAAUAGUGGGAAAUGCUUAAUGGAGGUUACGGUGGAUAGAAACUGUCUUGAGGUUCUUCCAACUAAAAUGUCUUAUGCUGCCAAUCUGAAAAAUGUAAUGAAUAUGCAAAAUCGGCAAAAAAAAGAAGGGGAAGAACAGAAUGUGCUGCCAGAAGAAGCUGAGAGUUCAAAACCAGGGCCAUCUGCUCAUGAUCUUGCUGCACAGUUGAAAAGUAGUUUACUAGCAGAAAUAGGACUUACUGAAAGUGAAGGACCACCUCUUACAUCUUUCAGGCCACAGUGUAGCUUCAUGGGAAUGGUUAUUUCCCAUGAUAUGUUGCUGGGACGUUGGCGCCUUUCUUUAGAACUGUUUGGCAGGGUGUUCAUGGAAGAUGUUGGAGCAGAACCUGGAUCAAUCCUAACCGAAUUGGGUGGUUUUGAGGUAAAAGAAUCAAAAUUCCGUAGAGAAAUGGAAAAACUGAGAAAUCAGCAGUCAAGAGAUUUAUCACUAGAGGUUGAUCGAGAUCGAGAUCUUCUCAUUCAGCAGACUAUGAGGCAGCUUAACAAUCACUUUGGUCGAAGAUGUGCUACUACACCAAUGGCUGUACACAGAGUAAAAGUCACAUUUAAGGAUGAGCCAGGAGAGGGCAGUGGUGUAGCACGAAGUUUUUAUACAGCCAUUGCACAGGCAUUUUUGUCAAAUGAAAAAUUGCCAAAUCUAGAUUGUAUCCAAAAUGCCAACAAAGGUACCCACACAAGCUUAAUGCAGAGAUUAAGGAACAGAGGGGAGAGAGACCGGGAAAGGGAGAGAGAAAGAGAAAUGAGGAGGAGUAGUGGCUUACGAGCAGGUUCUCGGAGAGACCGGGAUAGAGACUUUAGGAGACAGCUUUCCAUCGAUACUAGGCCCUUCAGACCAGCCUCUGAAGGGAAUCCUAGUGAUGAUCCUGAUCCUCUGCCAGCACAUCGGCAGGCGCUUGGGGAGAGACUUUAUCCCCGUGUACAAGCAAUGCAACCAGCAUUUGCAAGUAAAAUCACUGGAAUGCUAUUGGAAUUAUCCCCAGCUCAGCUGCUUCUCCUUCUAGCAAGUGAAGAUUCUCUGAGAGCAAGAGUGGAUGAGGCCAUGGAACUCAUUAUUGCACAUGGACGGGAAAAUGGAGCUGACAGUAUCCUGGAUCUUGGAUUAUUAGACUCCUCAGAAAAGGUACAGGAAAACCGAAAGCGUCAUGGCUCUAGUCGCAGUGUGGUAGAUAUGGAUUUAGAUGACACAGAUGAUGGUGAUGACAAUUCCCCUUUGUUUUACCAACCUGGAAAAAGAGGAUUUUAUACUCCGAGACCUGGCAAAAACACAGAAGCAAGGCUGAAUUGUUUCAGAAACAUUGGCAGGAUUCUUGGACUGUGUUUGUUACAGAAUGAACUAUGUCCUAUUACAUUGAAUAGACAUGUAAUUAAAGUGUUGCUUGGUAGAAAAGUCAAUUGGCAUGAUUUUGCUUUUUUUGACCCUGUAAUGUAUGAGAGUUUGCGGCAACUAAUCCUCGCUUCUCAGAGUUCAGAUGCUGAUGCUGUUUUCUCAGCAAUGGAUUUGGCAUUCGCAAUUGACCUGUGUAAAGAAGAGGGUGGAGGACAGGUUGAACUCAUUCCUAAUGGUGUAAAUAUACCAGUCACUCCCCAGAAUGUGUAUGAGUAUGUGCGGAAAUACGCAGAGCACAGAAUGUUGGUAGUUGCAGAACAGCCAUUACACGGGGUCUUAUUAAAUUUAUUAAAUUUAUGUUCUUCAUUCUUAGGAGAAAAUGCUGAGAAGCUCUUGCAGUUCAAGCGUUGGUUCUGGUCAAUAGUAGAGAAGAUGAGCAUGGCAGAACGACAAGACCUUGUUUACUUUUGGACAUCAAGCCCAUCAUUACCAGCCAGUGAAGAAGGAUUUCAGCCUAUGCCCUCAAUCACAAUAAGACCGCCAGAUGACCAACAUCUUCCUACUGCAAAUACUUGCAUUUCUCGACUUUAUGUCCCACUCUAUUCCUCUAAACAGAUUCUCAAACAGAAAUUGCUACUCGCCAUUAAGACCAAGAAUUUUGGUUUUGUGUAGCGUAUGAAAUGUGUGUAUUGCUGUGUAAUAUUACUAGCUAAUUUUGUAGAUUUUUUCCAUUUGUCUAUAAAAGUUUAUGGAAGUUAAUGCUGUCAUACCCCUCUAGUGGUACCUUAAAGAGACUGAAUGCAAACAUUCCUUGCUGAGUUUGUAGAUCAAAGACCAGAGGAGCACUAGCAACAUUUGGCUGUUUGCUAGUCAACAACUUCUGGGUCUAACCCCAGCCAAAGAUGACAGCAGAACAACAUAAUUUACACUGUGAUUUAUCUUUUUGCUGAGGGGGAAAAAUGUAAAAUGUUCUGAAAAUUCACUGCUGCCUUUGUGGAAAGUGUUUCAGCAAAGGUUCUUGUAUAGAGGGAAUAGGGAAUUUCAAAAUAAAAAAUUAAGUAUGUUCUGUGUUUUCACUUUAACUUUUUUUAUGGUGUUUAAUUUGUGGUUGGCUGCAAUUGUGUAUCAUGUAUAUGGAACUUGUAAAAAGUUCUUGACAUUCAGAUCUUAAAGAUGAAAUCCCUUUUACCUAUAAAAACCACUUUUAUUAUGGUUUAUUUUGGCAGCAUUGAGCUCUAGGAUAUUAAAUGAUAUCACUAAUAUUUUGCAUGUAAUUUGUUCAUUUGAGUGAGGGCACUUUUUUUUGUACAUAUGAUGGGGCCAAUGCACAAUACUUUAUCACAAUCAACUUUUUUUCUUUGUAUCCCUAUUUCAAUGAGCAGUCAGUCAGGAGGUUACUGCAUUUCAGUUCUAACUAGACAUUUGUACUAAAGUUUUUCAGUUAUGUAAAGUCAGCCUGGGCACUUUCUGAUAACUGUAAAAUGUUUUAUAAGAUCAUAAUUAUUGAAGAUACAUUUUGGAAAAUUUUAAAUGUUCGUGAGCAGCUUAACUACUUUUGUAUCUAGCCUUUUUUAAGUAUCUUGUUACAUUUACUUUUUUAAAUAAAUUACAGAAGACAUGUCAAGUAA